CGCGCUAUCGAAGAUCUAUACGCAUCUUGCUUGCCGGCCGCUCGUUUAUUCGAGUCGUCUUCUCCACAGUCAAACCCUAUCAGAAAUCCGGUAAGGCCUUCUCGUCACAUGUGAUUUUAGGCGGGAUCUCGCUCAAUAUCGGAGGAUCAGGGUAUCGUUGUUUACCUACGAUUGUCGUUAGAUCUUAUUUGUUUUCUCAUCGAAUUGUCCUAUUGGUGUCUAUAAAUCUACCAAUUGUUGUUUGUUCAUUGAAUUUGUGGAAUUAAUUGAAUCUAUUCCAUAACCUAGGGUUUGUUUUUGUUACCGGGGUUAUCUGAAUUGUUGAUAUUCGUACGGGUGCGUGUAUACUGGUCGGUCGUCUAGGUUUUUUUCUAGGGUUUCUUGUUUUCUGUUUGAUCAUAAGAGUAGUUCGUUCUUUAUCCUAAUGGCGACAGGGAAAUAUGAUGUCUCACGGAAGAGAGACUUCUGUUACCCUGAGAAAAAAGAGAAUAGUUACUCGUACACAACUUCUUACCAUGCUGGUGAUAGGAGGAGCAGGUCCAGAAAUGUGGAAGAUGAGAAGAGUCAUGAAAGGCACACUAGCAUUAGGAAACUCAAUGCCUGCAAGACGUCUCCAGAAAAGAAAAGGAAGUUAUCACCUAACUCGAUGGACAUGGACCUGAAGAAAGGAAGAACAUACUCUUCUGGUAUAUUUAACAAAAAUGUUGACCUCAAUAAUCUGCUAUCUUUACCAAAAUCUUUCCGCAAUUCGGAAAGUGUUGUUUUGAACAGGGAGAAGAGAUGCAUACAGGAAUCUCCUAUCAAGUCUUAUGUUGCAGGUGGAUCAACAGGGACAGGUGAAUCUGGCUUGACAGGUUCGCCUGCCGUGUCACCUCUCAGAGACAGCUGGAGUGAAAAGGAGGUUGCACAUGAAGGUGAUGAGGUACAUAAUAUUUGCACGUCAAGGUGGGCUAAUCUUGAUAAUUCACCUGCUGAAUUAUUAUGUUCUAAUGAUACUACUUCAAUCUCUGGUGUGAUUGAUUCCCUUGAACCAUUACAAAAUGUCAAACUGACUUCUGAAAUUAGGGAGUUAUGUAGAGAAGGGUCAGAUGGAAACUCGGAUAGUUCAUUCUUUGAUGAUCUAGUCAGGAACAACACAGACCUUCAAACAGAUGACGAUGAUCACAAGGAUGAUGAAGGGAACAAUCAUGCUGACAUGGAGAUGGAUGAGAUUCAUUGUGCCCACAUUGGUGAUGUAAAUGUACUUCCAGGUUGUAAAGAAGUUUCUAAUUUUGAGAAACUUAAUCGAAUAGGUGAAGGAACUUAUGGUGUUGUUUACAAGGCCAGGAACAGAAGUACAGGAGAAAUCGUUGCACUCAAGAAAGUAAAGAAGGAAGUGGAAAAGGAAGGUUUCCCUGUUGCAUUUCUACGUGAAAUAAGCCUUCUUUUGGCUCUUCAUCACCCGUCCAUAGUGCAUGUUAAAGAAGUUGCCAUGACGGGUCUUGAUGAUGUUCUUAUGGAUGAUGUCUUUAUGGUUAUGGAAUAUGUAGAACAUGACCUCAAGGGACUGAUGAAGAAGAUGAAGAAACCUUUUAGUGAAAAGGAAGUUAAAUGUUUGAUGCUACAAUUAUUGGAAGGUGUGAAGUAUCUUCAUGAUAAUUGGGUUUUGCAUCGGGACCUGAAGACGUCAAAUCUUCUUUUGAGUACAAAUGGGAAGUUGAAGAUUUGUGACCUUGGAAUAUCUCGCCGUUACGGAAGCCAGUUGAAGCCAUAUACACCUGGCAUGGUGACGUUAUGGUACAGGGCUCCUGAACUUCUAUUAGGAGCAGAAGAAUACUCAACUGCAGUUGAUAUGUGGUCAGUAGGUUGCAUUAUGGCAGAACUCCUAACAAAACAACCUCUUUUCAAUGGUGAUGGGGAGAUUGAUCAUCUUAGCAAGAUAUUCAAUAUUCUGGGAACACCAAAUGAAAAGGUGUGGCCAGGAUUUUCGGAAUUGCCUGGAGUGAAGAAAUCUAAAGCUAUCUUGAAGCAGCAGAAGAGGAGUAUAUUGGCUGAUAAAUUUCAGGCAUUGAGUUUCACUGGUUCUACCACACUUUCUGGACAGGGUUUUAAUUUGUUGAGCCAAUUGUUGACUUACGAUCCUGCAAAGCGGAUAACAGUAGAAGAGGCUCUGAGACAUCCAUGGUUAUGUGAGGAAACACUGGAGCCUUUACCUGGUCAAGAAGCACUUGCACUGAAGUUGGAGUCUAUCGCAAAACAAUGAUUUGCAGAAUCAAUCUGCCCAACAUAAAUAGAGAUGGUACUGUAUUUUUAAUUGAAAUGUAGACUGACUGGAACAACUACUACUAUUGUUAUAAAUACAAACUUUUAACCA